CUCGCCUUUAUUGAUCUGCCAGAGUAGAGUGUGGUGUGGUGUGGUUCCUCACUUUCAACCCGGACAUUAUUUUCUAAUAACUGGUUUAGUCCAAAAGUGAUUAAAAUAUUCUUCUCGAAAUUCUUUCAGUGUUCAUAAAUAGUUGCUUGCAACAAAUUUUCAACUCACUCCAACUCCAACCUACUUAACGAUAAGCCAAGUACGCACGUGACGUUCCUCAGCCAAGAUGUCGGACAAGAAAGGAAAUAAUGACGGGGGAUUCAUGAAGUUUCUCUACAACAGCGACACCGGGGAGGUUCUCGGACGAACGGGAAUGUCAUGGCUGAAAAUCAUUGUCUUCUACAUCAUUUUCUACGCCGGUCUGGCCGCCUUCUUCGGCCUGAUGCUCUACAUCUUCUAUCAAACGCUGGACAUCAAUAAACCCAAGUACCAGCUAGGCGAUAGCUUGAUUGGAUCCAAUCCAGGCGUCGGAUUUCGACCCCAACCCGAUCAGGACAAGAAUGUCGACUCCACCCUCAUCUGGUUCAAACGAGGGGAUCGUGACGACUUCAAAUUUUGGUCCGAACAAUUAAAGUCAUACGUCGAAGAGGCAAGAAAGACAGCAGGAAAGAAUUGUGAUUUCGGAGCGGACAAAGCCAGCGAUAAGGAAGCCUGUCAAGUGAUUGUCGAUGAGAAAAAGUUCGGCAAUUGUACCGUAGCCACGGACUUUGGCUACAAAGACGGCAGUCCCUGUGUUCUAAUCAAACUCAAUAGGAUAUACGGCUGGAAACCGGAACCUUUCGGCCCUGCGAGAUUUUCUGAGGCCGAGUUUAAGAAAGCCAUCGAUGACAAAGCCAACAGUGACGCAAAGUUCCCCAAGAUUCUGAAGACAGCGAUUGAAAAGAAGCUUCAGGAAGUUAACACUGAAGCAGCAAAGGAAGACGUAGCGAAAAGUGUGUGGAUCAAUUGCGACGGAGAAAACCCUGCCGACAGGGAAAACAUGGGGAAAAUCUCGUACGCUCCGAUGCAAGCAAUUCAAUCUUUCUACUUCCCAUUCAUGAAGCAACCUAACUAUGUCUCUCCGUUCAUCAUGGUUCAAUUCGAAAGUGUAACACGCGGAGUACUGAUCAACAUUGAAUGUAAAGCCUAUGCAAAGAAUAUCUUCCCAGAUCGAGCUUCUCGAACCGGCUCAGUCCAUUUCGAGUUGAUGGUUGAGUAAGGAACGUCGUCGCCGUGCAAAUAAUAAAACUCAAUUGUUCGCCUUCGCUCACUGACAUUGACACUCCAAUAAAAUCACUGUCGUCAAAUUCCCCUUUUAAUUAAUUAAAAUCUUAGUCAUCACAAGAAUUCAGACAUAAAUAACUAAAUAAAUAUAGAUUUGCUUUAUCCCUGUACGUAUAUUUUGCUCGAAAAAGAAAGUCAUAAUUUGUAGCUUGAUUAUUAUUUUUUGGUUUUGCAAAAUUUCAGCCCAAUUUUAUUAACUACGUAGAUGCGACUAUCAGUAUUAAGACAAUUCAUAAAUUAAAUACAUGUAAAUAUGUAAAAUUUGCAUAAUUUCAAUAGCUAACCCCCCCCUCCCCCCCAAGUUCAUGAAAGUGAAAGUAAACUAACACGUAUUUCUCUGUCAUGACCAAAAAUCCUACCACUUAAGAAUAACUAUGCACAUAUUUUAAAAAAAACUUAAUUUACUCUGAAAAUCCUGCUUUAUUUCUUUUAUAAAAUCAAAAUUCCUCAAAAUUUCAAAAAUAGUAUUACUUAAAAACAACGACCCAGAAAAAGUGAAUGUAGUUAUUUAACAUAUUAAUAAUCUCAGGAAACAAUGGAUAAAGUGAAGUGAAGUUGGAAGCCCCCGAAUAAGUAAUAAAAAAGAUUAGAAAUGACAUGCAAAUUAACUACUAAUCUGUUUAUAAAGCAUAGAAUUACUAAAUAAGUAUUAUUUCCGGUCGAAUUGUUCUUCUGCAUUAAAUUUUAGGACGGCUCUUCGUUAUCCGAGUGAUUAGAAAAAUGUAUGUAUGAAAGGUGCAAUUGUUAUCAGGAUAAUGUGUAUUUCAACCUUUGCUAGUACUUUUUGUAGAAAUCUUACAUUUAAUAAGUAAAAAAUGCUCUGUUGUCACAAGUAUGUAUGUAAAUAGGAAAGACAAUUUGCAUCCCCGACACAUAUAUGAGUACUUUCUCCCCCAGGAGAAAUCAUUUGUCCACUAAAAAGUUAAAGAUAUAAAACCAUAAAAAGUUAACCUAUGCAAAGUUCAUUUAAAUACUUAAGAAUUUAAAUAAAUAAGUAUGCUUGUCAGGAUGAUGUAUGAAAAAAAAAUCAUUGUUAAAUAAGAUACAUAAUUCCUUUUUUUCGAGUCGUAAAGUUAACAAAUUUUUCAUUUCCUAGAAAUUUAUCAACUCCAGUCUCCCGUCUAUUUAAAGGUUAAGAGAAGUAACUACACGAUAUGCAAAAAAGGUCAAGAAAAUACCUGUAAUAACUAAAUGAGCUACCAGUAAAAAAAGUGAUCCUGUAGAAUAAUUAUCUACACUUUAAGGGGAAUAAUUACCUUCUGUUCAGUAUAAUAAUUUGAAUUUUGUGUAUGUUUUUUCCGUAAAAAAGAAGGUGUUUAUUCGUUAGAAAACUGUGUAUCUACUCGUGAAAAUAAAUUCAAAGUUCAUUAAUUAAUCUAGUAGUGAAAAGAAAAGAUUGUAAUAAUGAGAAAAGGAAUUCUUCAGUCAUUUGUAGCAACUACAUAAAAAACUGUAUAAUUAGUUAUUAUAUGAAGGUUCGUUGUUGUUGGAAUGGAUUGGCUUUGUGCUGGAUGAUAAGUAUGGGCGUAUAUGGAUUUAAGGAAGAUAAAAAAAACAAUUACAAAAACCUUGCGACAAAAUACAAAAAUAUAAUAAAAUUGUUAAAUAUUAAA